AUGGAAGAUCAAGAUGGAUCACAUGAUGACAUUCCUGGCUUAUUGCAUGACAUAUAUGGAGAUAGGGCAGAAGCACACGGAGUUGAUGAAGGUCCCAAUGACGAGGCUAGAACAUUUUACAGUUUGAUUAAAGAGGCGGAACAAGAACUGUACCCUGGAUGCAAAGACUUCUCUUCGUUAUCAUUCACGAUUCGACUCUACCUGUUGAAAUGUCUCCACGGCUGGAGCAAUACGUCAUUCACUGCCCUAUUAGAAUUAUUGAAAGAAGCAAUGCCUGAUUUGAACAUUCCGGAAUCAUUUUACAAGACAAAAGCCAUGAUAAGUGGUUUAGGCCUUGAUUAUAAGAAGAUAGAUGCAUGCCCAAAUGAUUGCAUGCUAUUUUGGAAGGAGCAUGAAAAGGACAAUUCUUGCACUAUUUGUGAAGCUUCACGGUGGAAACAAAAUGCUGCAACUGAAGGAUGCGAGUCUGAGCAACCCAAAAAUGACUGUAGAGUUCCUGCAAAAGUUUUGAGGCACUUUCCGUUGAUUCCUAGACUACAAAGGUUGUUCAUGUGUUCAAAGACAGCUGAGUCAAUGAGAUGGCAUGAAGAAGAGCGCUCAAAGGAUGGAAAAUUGAGGCAUCCUGCUGACGGUAAAGCGUGGAAGGACUUUGAUGAGCUCCAUCCAGAUUUUUCUAGUGAGUCCCGCAAUGUAACACUUGGCUUAACGAGUGAUGGGUUUAAUCCAUUUAGGACCAUGAGCUUAUCUCAUAGUACAUGGCCUGUCUUGAUGAUGGUAUACAACACACCACCUUGGCUGUCCAUGAAACCUGAAUAUACAAUGUUGUCAUUGUUGAUUCCUGGACCAAAAUCUCCAGGCAACGAUAUCGAUGUUUACCUCCAACCACUGAUAGAGGAGCUAAAGGAGUUAUGGGAAUCCGGCAUAGAGACAUAUGAUUCUUCAAUGAAUCAAACUUUUCAAAUGCGUGCAGCUCUUCUGUGGACAAUUAGUGACUACCCUGCUUAUGCUAUGUUGUCGGGAUGGAGCACCAAAGGAAAAUUGGCGUGUGCUUGUUGUAAAUCUAACACCAAUUCGUUAUACCUCAAACACAGUCAUAAGAUGUGUUAUAUGGACCACCGUACCUUUUUACCAAGAACUCAUUCUUGGAGAGACGAUGUCAAAUCAUUUAACGGAGAAGAAGAACAUAGAACUGCACCAUCCAUGUUAAACGGGCUGAAAUUCUUGAACUCUUAA